AAGGUUUCUUCUUUGGUUUGUUAAGAAGCUUGCCUAAUCAACUUUCAACUUAAUAAAUAGUUAGCAUAUAUAACAAAUAUACAUUUUUUUUUAAAAAAAACCACUUUAAAUAAGAAUGUCCGAAGUAGAGAAUUCUCUAAAUGCUCUAGGAGCACAGACUUUAUUUUCAGCUAUGACAGAAGGCACGAGUUCAUUUAAUCAACAACAACAACAGUAUCAGGAACAACAAAAUAUAGACAACAAUUCAGAAGAAAACUCGUCAACUAGUACUUUGACGGAGAUCCCACAAUCUCCAACACAAUUAUCGAGCGAAGAUUCAGUAAUUUCGUCACCGACCACAUUGGAUCAUAGCUACAAUUCAUCAAAUUUAUCUCAGUCAUCAAAUUCAUCAAAUUCAUCAAAUUUAUCAAAUUCAUCAAAUUCAUCAGAUUCAUCAAUAACACUUAAUGUACCAUUUAAUCCAAUUUCAUUUCUAAAUACAUUGCAUCAAAAAUUGAAAACUUCGAAACCGCCAGUUUAUUCAUAUUCGCAUGAUUCUGUUACGGGUCACUUUUACUGUCAUGUGAAUUUUUGUGGACAAACUUAUGAGAAUAAAACCGCACGUUCAAAGAAACAGCAGGCAAAAGAAGAAGCUGCAAGUAUCGCUAUGAACGAUCUUUCAUUGCGUAUGCCAGAAAUCACAGAUUUAAUUCGUCAAGAACUGGUCAAAGCUCAUACGUCAUUACAAAAAGCAAAUAAUAACAAGGGUAAUAAUCAAGCAGUAAAACGUCCUUAUUAUUCUAGACAAUCUUAUCAACAACAAAUUAUUGCACCACAUCCGCUAGAACUUAUUCCUAAAUCAGUUCAAUGGUACCAAAGACAAGUAGCUCAUGCAAGUUCUAUUGGGCAAAUGAAGAGGCCUUGUGUAUUACUACUAGAGUUCUGUCAAAUGCAUAAAUUAGGACAUCCAACUUAUACAAUCAGAGAUGAUGGCAGUGGAUAUUAUUUAUUUGAUUGUACCGUGUAUAAUCGUACGUUUAAUCCUCAAUUGAGUUUUUGGAGGAAAAGUGAUGCUAAAGAUCAUGUUAGUCAAAUAGCAUUUCAAUGUUUAUACGAAGAAUUUAUUGAGAAAGAAGGUCAAGAAAUUCAACAAUCUUACGGGUUAUCACCAAUAACUUCACCUCCACCACCUCCACCAUCUAACAUGGCUUAUCCUCUUAUUUAUUCUAAUGUCACUGAUGGAAAUAGUUAUGCGUACUUCACCAAUUAGACUCGAUAGUUAUCUUUUUACUUCCCAUUCAACUCGAUAUUAAUUUAACACUACUACGCAGUUUUUGAUCGGAAUUAAUAAUUAUUAUAAAUUUUUUUGAGGUUUGCAACAUGGACUUUUGAACAUUUUAUUUUAGCCUUUGAUUAUUAGUUAUUUCUAAGAUCAACCUUUUUUUUUUAAUUAAUCAUUAAACAAUUUAUAUCUUCUUAUAUUAUUAUUAGUAUUAUUUAUUUUAUUAACGAUCGGGAAAUCAUUAAUGUGUUGUUAUUUAUUAAAUAUACAGUUUAUUACAAAAUGAUCUGCUGGUUUAGCAUUAAAAAUCAUGGCCCAAUUUUCUUUUAAUAAAUAACAACCAUAUUAUCCAAUUAUUUUUUUUAAAAAAAUUAGACUUCGAUAAUAUAU